AUGGUGGUUCAAAAGAAAAAGGACAACCUGUUGCCAAACGGCCUGAGAAACAGGGGUAACACAUGUUUUUUUAAUGCAGCUAUGCAAUGCAUCCUGUCGAUAGGAGAGAUUAACACAUUCUACAAGAACACCGAAUUUCCAAAGGAAAAGGAAGUUUCAAAUGCAUUUAAGCAAUUUAUUAUGGAGUAUGAAAAGUCUGGAACAUGCAAUCCUGGUGCUUUUAUCAGUAAGGUUGGUAAGACGAUCAAGUUGUUUAAUGGUAGACAGCAAGACUCGCAUGAGUUUUUUAUCAAAUUUAUCGAUUUGUUGUACAAGGAGUUCGAUGAUAACAAAAGCAGAUUUGAGUCGAGAGAGGAGUUUGAAGAGACAAGAAAAAGUAAUGUUAUUGCAAAUAUGCUGUUUUCAAUAGACAGACACAUGGUUCUUUGUGAAUUAUGUGGAUUUUCAUCUACUCGAACUGAUUUGAAGAGCACUGUGGGUGUUGUGCCAUGUAAGAACAUUCAGCAGGGCAUAGACGAGUAUUAUAAGGACGAGGUUUUACAAGGCGGAAAUGCAUGGCAAUGCGAUGGAUGCGGUAUGAAGAAGAAGUCUCGUAAGAAGAUGGAGGUUAUUGUGCAUCCAGAAGUUCUUGUGGUUCAUAUAUUGAGGUUUAGUGCACAAGGCUCUAAGAUCACAGCAAAUAUUGAUAUUAAUGAUACUCUGGUCUUCAAUGGAAGAAGAUACAGUCUUUUUGGUGUUGUUUGCCAGAGUGGAACAAUGAACGAGGGACAUUAUGUUGCAGAGGCUAAAAGGGCAGGCACAUGGAAUUUGUAUGAUGACGAGAGAGUGAUCAAAGCGUAUAAGACAUAUAGUGGAUCGAAUCCUUACAUAGUCUUUUAUACACUUGGGUCGUGA